AUGGCCACUACCGCUCGGCCGCAGCACGCGGCAAUGAGACGCACCAUCACCGUCGACUCGAUGCCCUCCACCACCACCAACUCCACCGUUGGCUCGCCCAACGACUCGCCCACCGCAUCUGCCUCCUCCACCUCCUUGUCCUCGUUGGGCUCCGUCGAGGACUUCCAGCAAGAGCCCAAGAAGCUUCGGGACACAUACGGCAACGAGUUCGAAUUGCCCAACUACACAAUCAAGGAUAUCCGCGAUGCCAUUCCUAAGCACUGUUACGAAAGGUCAGGCCUGACUGGUCUGUCCUACGUUGCCAGGGAUAUCGUCCUCCUUGGCGGCACAUUCUACCUCUUCAACCACUUCUGCACUUCGGAGUAUGUUCCGUCAUAUCCUGCACGUGCUGCGCUGUGGGCCGUCUAUACGUUCCUCCAGGGUCUCUUCGGCACUGGUCUGUGGGUGUUGGCUCACGAGUGCGGUCAUCAGUCUUUCUCUCCCAGUAAGACUUUGAACGACACCGUUGGCUGGAUCUGCCACUCUGCUCUUCUGGUCCCUUACUUCAGCUGGAAGAUUUCUCAUGGCAAGCACCACAAGGCCACCGGCAACAUGGAGCGUGACAUGGUGUUCCUCCCACGCACGCGUGAGGAGCAUGCCACUCGUAUGGGUUACGUUCUGCAUGAGAUGCACGAGUUGAUGGAGGAGACGCCCAUCUACACUGCCUCGAUGCUCAUCGGUCAGCAGCUCUUCGGAUGGCCAUAUUACCUGUUUGCCAACGUGACUGGCCACAACCAGCACGAGAAGCAGCCAGAGGGCAAGGGUGUUGGCAAGAAGAAUGGAGACUUCUCAGUCAACCACUUCUUCGCCAGCAGCCCUCUGUACGAGAAGAAGGAUGAGCACCUCAUCCUGCUCUCGGAUCUUGGCCUUUUCAUCGUUGGCAGCAUCCUCGCUUUGAUCGGCAGCACAUACGGCUGGACCAACCUCUUGGUGUGGUAUUUCAUCCCAUACCUCUGGGUGAACCACUGGCUCGUUGCCAUUACCUACCUCCAGCACACUGACCCAUCUCUCCCACACUACACUGGUGAGGCAUGGAACUUCGCUCGCGGCGCCGCAGCUACCAUCGACCGCGAAUUCGGCUUCAUCGGACGCCAGCUCUUGCAUGGCAUCAUCGAAACCCACGUCCUCCACCACUACGUCUCCACCAUCCCAUUCUACCACGCCGACGAAGCCACCGAAGCCAUCAAGCCAAUCAUGGGACGCCACUACAGGUCGAACACCGAGGGAGGUCCUCUUGGCUUCCUUCGAUCUCUGUACAGCAGCGCGCGAUGGUGCCAGUGGGUCGAGCCAAACGAGGGUGCUCAGGGCGAGCAGGCCAAGGUCCUCUUCUUCCGCAACAGGAACGGUCUCGGCCUUCCACCAAGCAAGAUCGACGCCCCCAAGUCAAGAAAGAGCAUGGUGGUUGGUGAUGACAGCGAGUAA